AUGGCCAUAUCCAAGUAUGAGACCAUCAUGUUGGAGGAGAAGUUGAAGGAACAGAUAUUGUCUCACUACCGUAUUCUGCAUGCUGAGAAGCUCACCCCGGUAUCUGUCCUCGAGGUCAUUAGCACUAAACACCCAAGCGUUUACAAAAGCUUCAUCGUCAUGAUCGACACACCGAGAAGUACUCAGUACAAAGUUCUUCUUUAUACCGAGGGAAAGAGGUCCGUGAGCGAUACUUUGGAGCAUCUGCUACUCUCUCUGCGCCAGAAGCUGGCUCUACCCUUGGAUCAACUUGUGCUAGAUGCCGAUGAGGAGAGGUCUUUCUGGGCGGAAGCAAUGGAAGGAUAUCACUAG